UGCGCCGCCCGCCGCCUCCCGCGGCCCCGCCGCUGCUCUGAGGGGACGGCCCGGCCCGGCCCGGCCUCGCCAUGAAGCUGCACUUCAGCAUCAGCGCCACCGAGGAGCUGCGGGAGAGGCGCGGGGGGCGUUAUGUGCUGUACUCGGUGUGCCUGGAGGGCUUCCUGCUCGGCAAGGCGCGGUACAGCCAGCUCCGCCGCUGGGACGCGCAGCUGAGGCAGCUUUUUGGGAGUGCUGUGCCUGCUUUCCCUCCAAAGUUUUACCUGGCAAUGACCAAGUCGAUGGCAGAUGAGCGGCGGACUCAGCUGGAGCAGUAUCUUCAGAAUGUUACUUUGCAUUCAAAUAUUACCAAAAGUGAUGUCUUCAUAGGCUUUUUCCGAAAGCUACAGCAGGAUACAUUUAAGAUCCAAACCCAGAGAGCCUUUCUGGAUGUUUACCUCGCUGAUGGCAGCAAUGUUAGACUUGAUAUCCAGACAUCGGACACUGCAGAAAGAAUAUUAGAGGUUACAUCGUGCGAGAUGGGGCUAUCAAGAGAAUUAAUAAAAUAUUUUAGCUUAUUUUUUUUCCAAGAUCAUGAUGAUGGAGCUCUCUCUGUGGUGAAAAAAGUGGCAGACUUUGAACUUCCUUAUGUGAGUCUUCAAAGCAUGAAAGAAUUGCACUGUAAGCUUGGGAUCAGAAAGUGGUAUAUGGAUCCUUCCCUUGAUACACUGCUGAUGGAUUGUAGAACUUCACUGAAUUUGCUAUAUAUGCAGGCAAUCCAGGAAGUUAAGAGGAAUUGGGUUAAACCAACAGAAGGGCAGAUGCAGGAACUUAAAUUUCUACAAAAAAAUGCAAACAAAGCAAAGUUCCUGGAGCUGAUUCGAGAAAUGCAGUUCUAUGGAUAUGUACGGCUUGAUCCUUGCAUUUGUGACUAUCCAGAAGAAGGCUGCUCAGCUGACAUCUAUGUUGGCAAUAAUGAGAUUAACUGCUGCAUAAAACUGCCUAGUAAGCAAACCAAAGAGGUCAGCUUUAAAGUCAACAGGUUAAAAAGUUGGCAGGUUACUUUUCUUGGUGCUACAAAGGAUGGUGAAGAAGACACUCUGGAGUUCAGAUUUGAGUACAAUGAUUCAGGCACAUGGCAGUGGAUAAUUUUGCACACAAAACAGGCCUUUUUGCUCAGUAGCUGCUUGAAGAAAAUUAUAUUGGAACAGAUGAUGAAGGCAGCCAAAGAAGGCCAAGAAAUGGAGAUCAAGAUGCCUGAAUCCAUGAAAAAUAGUAAGAAAUCCAGCAUCCAACAAAAGCAGGUAGUUCAUUCAGGGUUUGUAUCAAGGAAAAGGUUUUUGCUUAGGCCAAAUGAAGACAACUCUGUGUUUGAGAAAAUAAGAGAAGAGGACCUGUGAUUAUCUAAAAUUAAUUGUCUUUCAAAAUUCAUUGUGUGGGAAUAAUAAACACAUUGUCAAAACCUUGAAUUAUAAGGGGGAAAAAAUCUUCAGUGUAAUGCCUUGCUUUUGCUGUGCUUUUUAUG